AUGGCGGAGGCAGUUCCCAUGCCCCAGUUUCGGCCAGUUACACACCUGAUAUUUGACAUGGAUGGACUGCUUCUGAAUACUGAAGAUAUUUAUACUGAGGUGUUUCAAGAAAUAUGUCAGCGCUACGGGAAGCAAUACAACUGGGAUGUCAAGGCCAGGGUCAUGGGAAAGAGAACUCUAGAAACCGCAGAGAUCAUAGUAGAGUACCUGCAGUUGCCCAUGACCAAAGAAGAGCUGAUGGAAGAAAGCCAGGAGAAGCUGCAGAAGGUGCUGCACACAGCUUCACUCAUGCCGGGAGCUAAUGAACUGAUCCACCACCUUCGGAAGAAACACUUACCCUUCGCCCUGGCCACCAGCUCCAGCUCUCUCUCCUUCCAAAGGAAGACCAGCAGACACGAGGGAUUCUUUGGUUUAUUUGACCACAUUGUUCUGGGGGAUGAUCCUGAGGUUCAUCACGGCAAGCCAGCCCCAGACAUAUUUCUUACUUGUGCCAAGAGGUUCUCUCCCCCCGCUGAGCCAGAAAACUGCCUCGUCUUUGAAGAUUCUCCAAAUGGAGUGGAGGCAGCCGUGACCUGUGGGAUGCAGGCGGUCAUGGUACCUGAUAAAAACCUGAGCACAGACCUGACAAGAAAGGCCACCCUCGUGCUUAGUUCUCUGAAAGACUUCAAGCCUGAACUGUUUGGCCUACCUGCCUUUGAGUGAGGGUGAAGGGUGAACAGGGUGCUUGUGGGCCUCCUGGAACCCAAGGCCCACAUUGCUGAGGGAAAAGGUUA